AUGUUUUACUCAAAGAUCGAGGAAAUAUUUUCAGUACCAUUUAACACUUCAGAAUGGGAUUAUUCUCAGUUGACGAAUCCCGACGAAUUUCAGUGGAAAGUUGGGGUCACGCCAUUUAGUAAUUGGCAGUUUAUCGUUGGCUCUUGGGUAACAUACUUUACUAUUAUCGCCAGUUUGGAGUUAUUUAUGAAAUCGAGGCAACCAUUUUCAUUGCGGAUCGUGUCGGCUGCACACAACUUGUUUUUGUGUAUACUUUCGGCUUUGAUGUUCGGAUAUGGUAUCUUUUAUUAUUACGAGAGAUUUCAGACGCGUGGUGCAGGAGAGUGCUUUUGCACAUCGGAUGAAUCGUCAUUGAAUGGACGAUUGUCUUAUGUUACAUACAUCUAUUAUUUGUCGAAGUUUGAUGAAUUGUUGGAUACCGUGAUUUUAGCACUUAAGAAGAAGCCGAUAAUCUUUUUACAUUGGUAUCAUCACGCAAUUGUUAUUCUGAUGGUAUGGAGUUGGCUUGAAGACGGAAAUAUGUAUGCUAGGUAA